AACUCUUAUUUUCAUUUCUCACUAAACCUUCAUCUUCAUCAUUUUUCUUCUGCAAAACCCUAGCCCUUCUUUUCACCUUCAACUUCAUCAAUGGCGUCAAUGACGUCACGUCUCCGCAACACUCUCCGCCAUUACUCCACCAUCCUCUCCCCAAACUCCACCACUCCUCUCACCUCAAAGGAAAAAUCCCGAUCCGCCCUCCGUCUCCUCAAAUCCGAAACCAAUCCCGAAACCAUCCUCUCCAUCUGCCGCGCCGCUUCCCUCUCCCCUGACUCCCACCUCGACCGCCUCGCUCUCUCCACUGCCGUCUCCAAACUCACCGCCGGCAAAAACUUUGACGUUCUCCGUCAAUUCCUCGAUGAGCUUCUCCAAUCACGCUCCGAUCUCCAGAACGAAAGGUUUGUCUCUCACGCUAUUGUUCUCUACGGUCAAGCUAACAUGAUGAAUCAAGCUCUCGAUACUUUCAAAUUCAUGCGUGAGAAUCUCAACAUUGUUGCUUCUGCUAAAUCGCUUAAUGCUUUGCUUUUCGCUGCAAUUCUCGCGAAGAAUCAUAAAGAGGUAACAAGAAUUUAUCUCAAUUUUCCGAGGAUUUAUGAUAUUAAACCUGAUGUUGAGACUUAUAAUUUGGUGAUUAAGUCAUUUGCUGAAUCUGGUUUGAGUAAUUCUGUUUUUUCGAUUUUGGAUGAAAUGGAUAGGAGUAAUGUUAAACCUAAUGUUGUAACGAUUAAUAACGCGAUUAGCGGGUUUUAUAAUGAGAAGAAGUUUGAUGAAGUUGGGAAAUUGUUGAAUUUGAUGGAGGAAAGGUAUAAGUUGUAUCCGAGUCUUAGUACUUAUAAUGUUAGGAUUCAGAGUUUGUGUAAGUUGAAGAGAUCGAAUGAGGCGAAGGCAUUGUUUCAAGGGAUGAUUACGAGCGGGAGGAAGCCGAAUUCGGUUAGUUAUUAUCAUUUGAUGAAUGGGUUUUGUAGGGAAGGGAAUCUCGAAGAGGCGAAGGGGUUGUUUGCUGAUAUGAAGAAAAGGGGAUUUAAGGUUGAUGGGCAGUGUUAUUUUACGUUGGUUUAUUUUCUGUGUGAGGGUGAUGAGUUUGAGUGGGCUUUGGAUAUUGCUAAGGAGUGUAUUGCUAAAGGUUGGGUUCCGAAUUUUACUACUAUGAAGAAGCUUGUGAAUGGACUUGUUGGUGUUUCAAAGGUUGAUGAUGCUAAAGAGCUUAUUAAGGAAAUCAAGGAGAAGUUUGCUGAAAAGAGUGACAGGUGGGAUGAAAUUGAAGCGGGGUUAUCGCCCCCUCAGGAAUGAAGAGUGUUGUCUUGUUUUGUGUAUUUUUUGGUCAUUUGGUAACUUUUGUCCGGAACAUUAGCUUAGUAACGGCAUUAGUUUGUUUUGCCAAUUCCACUGGCAUCUCGGCGUUUUUCUCUAUCCAUUGUUAGCUGGUGAUAUAUAAGUUGGUUUUCUUUGUUCGGGUAAUAACAUGUAUUGGAAAUGGUUAUGCGGAUAGAUUUCCGAUUCUUCUCAUUUAAUUUACCUCUUUCAAUUACAUUAUCUCAAUUGUUUAUUUUCCAGUUUAGAGGAAACUGAUAACCUACCUGCAUGGGAGCUCUUGCAGACAUGUACAUUUUUACUAUUAAUUUUUGGUUUCUUGUUCUGA